AUGGAAAACCAGCCAGGCAUCCUGACUGCCAGACUGGCCACGGAGGUCUCCAGUCUGGAGUUGGUGACCGGUUCUCAGUUGGGUUCCAUGCUGGAGGCAAUUUGCCUGAUCAUCGCCGCCCUCGUCAUCUCCUUCAUGUACAGCUGGCAGCUCGCCCUGGUCAACAUUGCCUUUAUGCCAAUCAUAGUCGGAGCUAGUGCAUACCAGAUGAAACAAAGUAGGGCAGCUCUUGGCCAACACGAAGUAAUGGGCUCACAGGUCGUGCAAGAGGCCCUUUCGGCUGAGCGUACCGUCUUCAGUCUCGGUCUGGAAGAACAUUUUUACGAAGAAUUCAAGAAGAAGUCUGCUGUGUCCUCAACGCAAAAAUAUAAGGAAAGCUUAACGCUUGCGAUCGUUCACUGUCUUGCCAACUCAAUGUCCUACUUUCAAACAGUUGCCUCCUUCUACGUGGGUGCAGUGUUGAUGGCGAAUCAGGGCAUGCCAGUGCUUAACGUGUUCAGAGCUUACGCCGCAUUCAACUUCGGGAGUCAAGCCCUCGCGCGCGUGGCUGCCCUGGCCCCAGACUAUCAGAAGGCACUCACGAAGAUCAGGAACGUCUUUAGCACUAUAGAUAGGCAAACCAAGAUGGAUGUUAACGAAGGCGAAUUUCCACAGACGGAGUUCAAGGGAAAGAUUGAAUUUCGAAACGUUUAUUUCCGGUAUCCUACGCGAAAAGAUGUUCGAAUUUUGAGGCACUUCAGUCACACGGUCAAUCCUGGCGAGUCAGUGGCCCUGGUCGGUACGUCCGGUUGUGGGAAGUCCACCCUGUUGCAACUGGUCCAGCGUCUCUACGAUGUCAAUCCGCACGGCCCCGACAGCGGCGUCUUCCUCGACGACAUGGACGUUCGCUCCUUGGCACCUAACUGGAUCCGUCAGCAGAUUGGCAUUGUCUCCCAGGAGCCGAAUCUUUUUGAUAUGACAAUUCAAGAGAACAUCGCCUACGGUGACAACUCCAGGGAAGUUUCCAUGGACGAGAUUAUCGACGCAGCCAAGAAGGCCAAUGUGCACGAUUUCGUAAUGAGCUUGCCAGAGGGAUACGAAACCAAGGUCGGAGCUCGCGGCUCCCAGCUCUCCGGUGGGCAGAAGCAACGAGUGGCUAUUGCCAGAGCCCUAGUACGAAACCCGCGUCUC